GCCAAGGAGGAGGAAAGCGAGAGGCCAGGAGCAGGAAGAGCACAUUUGCGCAGAACAGCAGAAGCUCAGGACACCAGCAAUAACAGGAACAGCAGCAGAAAGCAGGUACCUGUUUCAGCAGCUUUCACUCAAGUGAGACUGCAACAGGCCUAUCACCUGAAAGUUUAGGUAGUGAAUGAAACGGCACCUGCUUCGUUACAUCAUUGCCCCCCAUUGCUUUUCAAAAUGGUCUCCACCAAUGCUGCCUCAAAUGGGACAGAGAAGUCCACAGUACAAUCAAAGUACCCUGUACUGGAAACCACAAACUUUGGGACGGCAAGCAGCAAAGGCUCACCAGAAGCACGUAGGAGAGAGUCAUCAGGAUCAGAAAGGGAUUUGCCGUCUGUUGAUGACAGCAAAAAGAUUGCUACUGCUGAAGUCAUCCCAGCUGUACAUGUAUCAGGUAGUCACUACGAGAUAGGGCAUGGAAUAGGGGAGCGAUUUGCAGGGAUGAUCAAGAGCAGGUUUGAGAAAGAUGAGAAGCUGAACGAGAUCCUGCUACCAUAUGCAGCCACCGACGCAGGGCGCACGGUGGUUGAUGAAUUGAGCACAGAAAACAAAAAAUGUUAUCCACGGUACUGGGAGGAACUCCAAGGCCUUGCAGAUGGGAGUGGCAUAGCAUUUCAGCAAGUUUUGUUAAUGAACAUCUGGAAAGAGCUGUUCCUUCUGCUACCACCCCCGGACGCUCAGGCUGUUGCCGAAGAGCCGGACCACUGUUCGGACGUCCUCAUAUGCAACGAGAAUCUCGCAGUCGUGGGACAUAACGAAGACGCUGCCGCCUCAGUAAGGGGCCACACUUACCUCGUUUAUGCCACGCUUCCUGACGGAGCCUCCUAUACCGCCUUUACCUAUUCGGGGGAGCUGUGUUGCCCCGCCUUUGGGUUCAACUCGCACGGCAUGGCGUUUUCCUUGAACGCAGUGAACCCUACGGGCGUCAAGCCGGGCGGGGUCGCCCGGAACUUCGUCUCGAGGGAUCUGCUGGAAGCACGGAGUCUAGAGGACGCGGUUCAGAGAGUGACACGUGUCCCCAUCGCGGUCGGCCACAACUACAACAUCAUGGACUUCAACCAGCGGCGCAUCGUGACCGUCGAGACCGCAUCGGACGGCCGCAGCUCCGUCCUGGAGAUCGGGCCGCACCCGUACUUCCACUCGAACCACUACCUCAGGCUGCCCCUACCCCAGCGCACGCCUCCUACGACGGUCCGUCGGCUUGAACGCGCGGCCGUCCUCCGGCCGCCGGCGUCCAUUUCGGACGUCCUUAGCAUUCUAGGCGACGCUGCGGACGCUGAGUUUCCAAUAUACAUGACAGGGCCUCUUUUGGUUACUCUAUGCAGCGCCUUGUUCGACCUCGACAGCCGGACUGUGACAAUACUUGGCGGAAAUCCGACUUUGCAGCACGUGCUUUUGAAAGAACGAAUAUGAAUCACGAUAGGGUGUCCGAAGGGGAAUAUUAAUCAUGGCUCAUACAGGUUGGGGUGCCGACAUGCGUAAAUUUCUGAUAGGUGAAUUGAUAGGCGAAUCCAGGGACCGACGAUAGGUGCAAGCUGUUUUCAUGCACGCCGGCAAGAUUACGGAUGCACCGAGCCAAACGAAGUCUGCUAGGAUAAUGGUAGAUUUGACGUUUAAUGAGCAUGGGGAAACUGGGUAUGUUAAGAAUACGGUUGCGGCCCAUAUUCCGUGAAGACGCGACCGACAACAAAAAACGCAAGCGACUUGUAAGGUUCGAUUUGGAUCCAGUCCAAUUCAGGUUGAAAUAACAGGUUUGAUCAGACACAAUUCUCGAUCUCCGGUCGCAUUUGAGAAUUUUUGAUGAUGCAUUUGAA